UUUCAAGAACAGAUCAGGACAGAACAGGAAGUUUGAUCAAAGGCGAAAAGCCGAAUUUGUUAUUGUUGAGGUGGCGUGUUUUUGCUUGGUCAAAACCCAAAUUACCGGCGUCUCUUGAUUUUAAAAAUUUCAUAAUAACAUCUGAUUAGUUUUAAAUUAUCAUUUUUAAUGAAGUACAUUUAUAGGUAACCCCUGUCAUAUCCGACAUAAUGCUGACGUGACAGUUGGAAAACCGACAAGGAAGAUCCGUACAACAACGCACAGCAUCCGUCCACCAUGGAGGGUGUCUUAUUAAAAUGGACAAAUUACUUCUCAGGUUGGCAGCCUCGAUGGUUUGUUCUCAGUAAUGAUAUUUUAUCCUAUUACAAAUCCCAAGAAGAGAUGGUAAAUGGCUGUAAAGGAUCUAUAAGAAUGGCCACUUGUGAUAUUAGAGUUCACCAAACAGAUCAUUGUCGACUAGAUCUCAUAAUUCCUGGAGAACAACAUUUCUACAUUAGAGCUGCCACAUCACAGGAGCGGCAGCAGUGGCUUGUAGCAUUAGGAUCUGCUAAAGCUUCACAAAAAAAUGCAAGAAAACCUGAUGAAACUGUUGUUAAUAGAGGAGAUGUUUCACCAGAUAUAUUAAGAACAAAGAAAUCAGAAUUACGAUUAUAUUGUGAUUUGUUAAUGCAACAAGUUCAUUCUGUUAAGAGUACAAUACAAGAAAAACAAGACAUUCAGAAGUUGGAAGAAGCCAGCUCACUAUUGGGACCAACAUGUGAUACAUUUAUACAGACAUUAGAAGAAUGCAUGGCAUUAGCAAAAGCUGGGGCGGGGAUGGAGUCUGGAAUACUGAAUUCUCCAAUCCAUUCCGCUAAAUCAUUACCAACUCUACCCUUACACAUUCCAAAAAAGAAGAUAAAACCUGGGCUGCAUAGAACAGUUUCACAUGAUUCGUCAUCACCAAGAGGUCGGGCAGGAAGUGAUUCCCCUGCAACUAAGGACCAUAACUCAUCCAAACAAAGAACCACAUCAGAAUCAUCACUAACAAAUCAUUCCAUAGCAGAAAUAGACAUAUCUGGAGUUCAAUCUAAUUCAAAUAAUGUAUCAUUGAAUUCAUCUCAUAACAAUUCUGUUAGCAUAGAUCAAAAGGACCAUUCUCCACAACAAGAUAUUAUACCAGAAACAUCUAUAGACCGGUUAAAACAAGACACUAAUUUGAAUAAUUUGGAAUCAAUGUCAAGUUCUAGUGUCAACAGUGAAGAUGAUUUCAAGGAUGCUAUUGAUGCUAAAAUUCCUACUUUUUUCUCCACAAUGGAUACAAGUUUUAUGGACCUCCACUUGGAUACUGAUGGAAGCAUUCCAGUAGAAGAAUUCCUUCUGGCAGCAAAGUCUAUUUUACCCUUGUUUGAUAAGUUUAAUGCUACAGCCUUUGCACCAGUGAAGAUGGAUUUCCAAGGCAACAUCAGGAAAAUUCAUCAGAAAUAUUCCACCAAUACAGCAGGGUUUACUACACUUCAGAAAAUGGUGCUAACAGAACUCAGUAAGAAACAACAUCUUCUCUCUAACUCAGCUACAAUGGCAUUACUGUGGAUGAAAAGAGGUUUAGAGUUUAUCCGAGAGUUCCUGUAUGAGAUUAUAAGAGGAGAACCUGAUUUAUCACAAGCUGUGACCAGUGCCUACAGUAAAACAUUAAGGAAUUAUCAUGGCUGGGUUGUACGAGGAGUCUUUGCCGUUGCUGCCAAGGCUUUGCCUUACAGAGAUGUGUUCAUAUGUAAUUUGUCUGUGCCAGGAGAGGAGGAUACUGGUACUUUAUAUAGACAGUCAUUGAUGUCAGAUAUAGAACAGUAUAUCACAGCUAUGGAUGUUGUCAUCAAAAUUCUCAAUGAUUUUUAUAAAUUACAUGAUUUAAAUUCCAAUGAUACUGUGUAAUGCAAAAGAAUUAAUGGGCGCUCUAAGGGGAGAUAAUUCCAUGAUCUAAAUUCCAAUAAUAUUGUGUAAUGCAUUACAAUUGAUGGGCAAUAGCUCUGAGGGGAGAUAAUUCCAUGAUUUAAAUUCCAAUGAUACUGUUUAAUGCAAUACAAUUAUUUAAAAGGGCAAUAGCUCUGAGGGGAGAUAAUUAAGUGAUUUAUAUUAAAUGAUACUGAGUAAUGGACAAUAACUCUAAGGGGCGAUAAGGUCCAUAAGUUUAAUUCCUAAAUGAUACUGUAUAAUGCAGACAAUGAAGGGCAAAUAGCUCUAAGGGGAGAUAAAUCAAUGAUUUAAAUUCCAAUGAUACUGUUUAAUGCAAUACAAUUAUUUAAAAGGGCAAUAGCUCUGAGGGGAGAUAACUAAGUGAUUUAUAUUAAAUGAUACUGUGUAAUGGACAAUAACUCUAAGGGGCAAUAAGGUCCAUAAGUUUAAUUCCUGAUGAUACUGAAUAAUGCAGACAAUGAAGGGCAAAUAGCUAAUGAUUUAAAUUUCAAUGAUACUGUUUAAUGCAAUACAAUUAUUUAAAAGGGCAAUAGCUCUGAGGGGAGAUAAUUAAGUGAUUUAUAUUAAAUGAUACUGUGUAAUGGACAAUAACUCUAAGGGGCGAUAAGGUCCAUAAGUUUAAUUCCUGAUGAUACUGUGUACUGCAAAACAAUUAAGGGGAAAUAGCUCUAAGGGGAGAUAAUUCCAUGAUUUAAAUUCCAAUGAUAGAAUUUGCAUUAAAGAAAUCAUUUUACACUGCCAUAUCAUAUCAUUAUGAUGCUACUUAAUGUGCAGUUUGACAUCAUUUCUGCCUAAUCAUUUGUAUUUAAAACAAAAUUGUAAAAUGUGUUCAUGCAAUUGGAGUCAAAGUUUUGCGAGUUCUACCAUUCCAUUAUUAGGUUCAAUAAUUUCCGUAAGUUUUCUGUAUUUAAAAUAGGUAGAUAAGUAAGAAAAUGUUUUGUAUUGAUUUUCUUUUUUAACUUUAGAAGUAGAAGGGAACUUUUUUUUAUAUGUAUUAUAUAUGAAGGGUUUUGAAUAUUUUUACAACAUACAUCAUGGAUUUGAAAUACUGUAGGUAAGGUACAGCUACAGAAAAAAAGCUUGGUUAAAAUCUGGCUUGAGAAAAAGCAGGAAAUUAAGGUUGUGUUAAACAUAUUAUAGUGCUAGGUAAUCUUGAAUUAUGCAAAUAUUGCAAGAAUUAUGAAAUUCUUCAGAUGACAUUUUAGACUGUUUUCUCUUGAAGAAGAGGAAUUGAAAUAUCUUCAGUGCAAAUCAUUUUAGAGUCUUUAACCAAUGAUACAGUAAAUUUUAUCAAUUUGGCAAAUGUUUUCAAAGGGAUCAGCUCACUUGCACAUUUGGUUUUUCAGUAUGUAUUUUUUUAUUUUUUGUUAUACGUUGUUAUUUUGUGAUAUGAUUGUGCAAAUCCUGUAGUUAUUUAUUUGUGAAUGUCAGAUGAAUGAAAAUAAAAAACAAAAACAAAUGUUUUACAAUCAUUGGGGCUAUCAUGGUAAUGAACCUGUUAAGUUAAGGGUUAUUCCACUAAAAUGGAUUUUGGAGGGUAGGAAGUCAGGGUUUUAUUUUAAAACAUUUGUCGCAAUACAUUUGUUGUGGGACAUUUGUGUUUGUCAGUCUGUUAAAUGUGUGCAAAAUUUUCUAUAGGAAGCAUAUUAAUUGUGGAGAUUAUAAAAACUCUUUUCCUACUGUCUUACUCCCAUUGUAAUGGAAAAGUGAGUCCUCGUGUCUCUUAAUGUUUUGUGUGCUUUGAAAAGAUGUGUUCAGUUUUGGUUAUAUUUUAAUUGAAAAUGGCACUUUCAAAAUAUAUAAAUCUAUAUUUGUGAUUUUUUGCAUUAUUUUAUAAUUUCAGAAGUAAAAUUUUUAAAAAAAUGUUGAAAUCUCAAUCAGGGUUUUAUACAAUCUUUUUCUGUGAAUCACAGAUGUUUUAAUAAAUUUGAUUGCAAAUAUGCACGUUUUUAUUAUACUGUGGAUUCAUUAUUCAGGAGGAUUUCCAUUAUCGUGGAUUGAGACUAUACACUUUGUUAUUAUGAUUUGACAAACUCUGCAUACAGAACUACAAAAAAUUUGUCCUUCCCGAAAAUAAUUUUAAUUCUUGAUGCAAUCCACAUACAUUUAGUAAAUAAAGAAUCUACAGGUUUUCAAUAUAAGUAGAUACAGAAUCUGUGUUAUAGCUAAUUGUCUGAUUAAAUGGUCACAAAUUGUUUGAUUUAUAAUAAUGUGUUUCUGUUAUUGGUAAUUUUAUUAUACAUGUUAGUUUUUGUUAUAUUUGUUCAAAAGUUUAAACAAUUUAAUAUUAUACAAUACUGAAAUGACUAUAUUUUUUGUUGUUGGUACAAAUGUAUUACCGGUAUGCAUAUAUUUAAAAUUUAAAUUUAUGGUAUUGAUAUUAUGUAAAAGUUAACACCAGAUGCAAAACUGAUUGUAAUAAUAAUUCAAUAUUAUAUACGUGUUAGAUCUUCACCCAAAAAAAUAUUUUUCAAACAUUUAAAUCAUUAUAAAAUAUUUUGGUUAAUAUAUCUUAAAAUAAUGUUAAAAAGAUCUCCAAAUAAGUUUUUUGUGGCAGUUUUUUGCUGUGUUGCACUUAAUGUUAGAAGUUUCAAUGCCCUUAAUCCUAGAGGCAAAACAAAAUUAAAAAGAUAUAAAUACUGAUGUCAACCAUUAUGUCUUGUUUACAACUGAAGCAUGUUAUUUCUUAGAUAAUAAUACAUGUACCUUUCCAUUCUCAAUUUCAAGGGGCCAAAGAAGUGGUCUUAUUAUACCUUUUCAGAAAUCACAGAUAUCUCUUUGAAUGUUGUACACUGUUUUCAAGUUUGUUUAAGAAUGGUUAUUCUUUGGGGUUAAUUUAUGUUAGAGGUAUGUAUGUAACUAAUUGAAUUGUUUAAAAAUAGAAAACAAAUAUAUUGAUAAUGUUUAAAAGGUUAGCCUGCUUCCCACUGUAAUUGUUUCAGUCACUUAAGGUUUAUGUACCCUUCUGUAGCAAUUUUUGUACAAAUUUUUCGAAUCUCAUUUGUAUCAAAACUACAGAUAUAAUGAAUAAUAGAGAUAUGCCAUUUAGUACAUAUUCCAAGGGGAAACUUGAUGCAAAGCAUUAUUUUUUACUGUUUCAUUGCAUUUGAUAGAAAAAGAGGACUUUGUGGCAAAUAAAUCAAGAUUUUUAUAGAAAAUCCACAGCCUUUAUCCUUGUACUCUCAUAUUUGGCAAUUUGAUGACUGAUAGAUAUAGGAUUAUUGCAUGCAGUGCUAGCAUUGAUUUCCUUAAAACAAUUUUAUAAAUGUAGUUAUUGUUUAAAACAAAUUGCAAUUUAUUUAACUUUUAAAACUUUAUUUAUAUUUGAAUGAUGAAACUUUAUAAUACAUAAUAUCUAAAUAUAAUUUGGAUAUUGGUUUAGAAUAUCAUUUCUACAUAUUCUCAAAGAAAAUAAUAAAUUUGUCAAAAUUAUCUAAAUUGCAAUUCAUUUAUAAUAGAUAAAUUGAUUAUAUCAAAUCAAAGAAGUACACAUAUCCAGUGAGGUAAUAGUAAGAAUUGAAGGUCUUUGAUUAUGGACUUUCCGUAUUGAUUUUCCUCUGAGAUCAGUAUUUUUGUGAUUUUACUUUUUAAUAAUUGACAUUGCUUUAUAAAUACAGUGGGAAUUGGUCUAACCUCUUUGAUACUAAAUUUUGAAAAUUAUGUUAUUGUUUACAGAAGGAUAAUUAAUAUAUAGAUAAAUAGAGUAUUUAUUAAAUUGUUGUAUAAUUCCUGAGUUAUAAACUCCGUAUAUGUAUGUAGAAAUUCAAUGUUAAACAUUGUUAUUGUGAUAAAACAAAUGGACAAAUAUUUUGUUUGUGAUAAA